AUGUCUACAUCCGUCGUCUUCCAACUCAACCAGACUGGCACCUGGUUUGAAAACCUUGCCGUUCGACCCAACGGCCAGAUUGUGGCGACUCGAAUGGAUCUGGGCCAGCUUUGGCUUAUCGACCCCUUUGCUAAGACAGGCAAGAAGUUGGUCGACGUUCCCGGAGUCAUCAGCACCAUCGGAAUUGCUGAGUACAAGCCCGAUGUCUUCGCUUUUGGCGGUGGGAACUUCAGUCUCAACCCCGUCAGCCUUGCUGCACGCUCGAUGAAGGUGUUCUCUCUCGACCUUACUAAGGAGCUUCCUGUUGUCACCCUCGUCACUCCUCUGCUGGAUGCAGGUUUUGCUAAUGGGCUGACGGCUUGGAGUGAGACGGAGGUUCUGGUUGCCGACACCAACGGAGGAACUGUGUAUAAGGUUGACAUCACCACUGGGAACGCAGCUAUUAUCUUUUCUGGUGAGGACUUCGUCGGAGUCAAUGGACUUCGCGUCCAGAACGGGUACUUGUACUAUUCCAGCACGGACACACAGCGAUUUUUCCGCGUGCCAGUUGGAGCGGACGCAAUGGCUGCGGGCCCAGUCGAGAUUUUGACAUCUGGCUUCCCACAGGAUGAUUUCGCGCUUGCUGCGGAUGACACCGCGUACAUCGCUGGCAUGGAGCAGAACCAGGUAAUCCAGGUGUUGGCUGACGGGCAGACGACCACUAUUGCCGGUGAGCCGGAUAAUCUAGAGGUCGCUGCCUCUACGUCCGUCCGGUUUGGUAGGACUCCUGUGGACUCGAACGUUUUGUAUGUUACUACCUCUGGUGGUGCCCUUCAGAGAAUCUUUGGAAACUACACGGAGCCGGCGAAGAUUGUGGCUGUCAAGUUGAACAACGUCUAG